AUGCCCUUCGACUUUCUGAAACGGUACAUAGAGAGAAGAGUCAAAUCCAACAAACACCCGGCUUCCAAUGUCCACCAAAAGAAGCUCUACCCCUGUCAAUCUUCCAUCAACUCCCAGUCCCAAAGUAUAUUCUUUACCCUUCCCCCAGAAAUCCGAAUCAUUAUCUACGAGCUCCUUUUCGGAAACCGUUCCCUGCACUACCAGUGUGACUGGGUGGAAGAAACGAGAAAUUGGGUUAUCUAUUCAUACACCGAAAGCCUACCAAUUCUCUACGGCAGCAAUGAGUUCCGCUUCAAACACCAGAAAGAUACAUGCAACACUUUUCCCGCCCAGAUCCCCUCCCUGGGUCUGCCUGCUAUCCGACGUCUAACCUUCUGGUGGAGCCUGGAAACGGAUAUCCAACCACAUAUGUCACGCCACAACAAAGCAAAAUACGACUCCCUAUGGAACGCUCCAGGGACGACAUUCUCCCUAUCUCAUAUCCGGAUUUAUAUUGAUUGUCCGAGCUUGAGAUCUUUGGCUAAAAUGCCAAAAGGAGUCUCCGAGAAUGCUAAAAACAGUUACAUCCAACAUGCGUGGUUAGAUGGUAUUGAAGCGAUGGUUGAGGCGAAUGAGGACCUAGAGGUGUUUGAAGUUCACUUCUACACCGGAGUGUAUCAGGUUUUGAAAGAGAAAGUGAAACCAUGGUUGGGGGAGAUGGAAAAUAAAAGAAAGGUGCAGAAUAGCGCUGUCAAAUAUAAAGCGUAUAAGUGCCGGACUACGACUAUCAAGAGGCAGGCCUGUUUUGGUACUGGGGCAGGUGGUGGAUAUGAUACUGAUAUCUCGGACGGGAGCUCGCAUAUAGGUUUAGAACAUCCGAUGACAAUACCUAACGCCUUCUGGAUGAGGAAGAUCAAGGAACAGAUCAACAGCGGCUAG